GUCGAGGUACGAGUUGUAUGACAUAAGACGCUAUGGAUUAAUACAAACAGUUAUUACCAGACGAUUCCUUUCUAUUGCUUUGGUUGGUAAGCUUUGGCGGGUCCUUCUUCUCUCUGCUCUCUCUCUCUCUCUGGUUUUAAUUUUACUGACAACGAAAGAGAAAUGCUUUUCUUUCCUAUCCAACUGUUAAAAAAUACUGCCUGUUUGGUAUGAGAAGUUGCCAGUCAAUGAUGUUCGCUUUGGGCCGUUCAUAUUUCUGAAAUCCUCUUUCCAUUUCGGUUCCCAUGUAUCAGAUUGAUAGGACUCAUCAUGUUCUUGAAGCCCUUCAACUCCUUCACCAUUGUAUCCUUGAUAACUCUCGCAUUUUUGUUCCUCCUUUUCUCGGGCUUUCUCGAAUUCCCUUCUAUAUCGAGUUCAAUCAAACCCAUCACCGAUCCUGGUCCAUCUUUAAGCAACUCUUCGUCGGAACCAUUUACCGAUUUGUUCAGUGCGUUCAGGAAAUGGGAUUCCUUGGUGGGUUGUGCUCGAUUCAAGGAGAAGAAUCAGGAGUUGAUCCAGAACCGGUUGAAUGAGUCUUCCUCUUUGCAAGAAGCUGAUGUUGAUUCAGGUUGCGGAGAGCUGAAAAUGGGUCAUGUUAGUGUUUUGGUUAAAGGAUGGACUUGGAUUCCUGACAAUUUGGAUAAUUUGUAUACAUGUUCAUGUGGGUUGAGCUGUUUUUGGACUAAAUCUCCUGUUCUUGCUGACAAGCCUGACGCCAUGUUGUUCGAGACUACUAGACCUCCCUUUCAGAGACGUGUUGGAGAUCCGCUCCGUGUAUAUAUGGACCUUGAGGCUGGCAGGAAGCGCUCUGGGGUUGAGGACAUGUUUAUUAGUUAUCAUGCUGGGGACGAUGUGCAGUCCACUUACGGUGGAGGACUCUUUCAUAACGGUCGAAACUAUCACGUAUCUCGUUACAAGAAGAAUGAUAAACUUGUUUAUUGGUCAUCGUCUCGCUGUCUUCCUAAAAGAAAUCAGCUCGCUAAGAAGCUUCUCAGCUUGCUGCCUCACCACUCUUUCGGCAAGUGCUUGAACAACGUUGGUGGCCUAGACAUGGCUCUUUCCUUCUACCCUGAGUGUGCCAAUGAUGCCAAUGUCACCCCAAAAUGGUGGGAUCACUUACACUGUGCCAUGUCUCAUUACAAGUUCGUUCUUGCUAUCGAGAACACAAUGACGGAGAGUUAUGUGACUGAGAAACUCUUUUACGCUUUAGACUCUGGCUCAGUCCCUAUCUACUUUGGUGCCCCGAAUGUCUGGGACUUUGUUCCACCACAUUCAAUUAUAGACGGUUCAAAGUUCAGCUCCUUGGAGGAAUUGGCUUCUUAUGUGAGAGCUGUUGCUAAUGACCCAGUAACCUAUGCAGAGUACCAUGCUUGGAGAAGAUGUGGGGUUCUAGCAAACUACGGAAAGACCCGUGCAGUGAGCCUUGACACCUUACCAUGCCGUUUGUGUAGAGCCGUUAGUAGAAAAGGAGGGAGAAAUGCAAGAGCCUUGUGAUAUAAAUUCGGUUUGUUGUUCCAAUCUCAUUUUAAAGGAUUCUUCUGAUAAUGUUUCCAGUGGAUUUAGAAGUCCCAUUUUGAAGGGCAUGUUUAGCUAGACAGAAAGAAAUGAAUUCAAACAGAACGUACACUUCAGAAUUGUUCAUAUUUUUAGUUGAAACCAAGAUCUUGUGAAACCUACCCUCUAUA